AGCGGUCAAUAUAUUAUUACCAUAUGGAGAUGCCACCGGCGUUGUUCAGAUCUGAGGACAUGAGCCUCGUUCAGUUCUACGUCCCAACUGAGAUAGCUCACGACAGCGUACUCCAUCUAGGAGAUCUAGGAUUGGUACAGUUCAGAGAUCUCAAUCCAGAUUUAAAUCCCUUCCAACGUAGCUUCACAAAUGAGAUCAGAAGGAUUGACGAGAUGGAGCGUAGACUGCGUUUCUUUAUAGGACAGAUCUACAGAGAUAACGUAAAAAUAAGGGAAAUAGAAUCUCAGCUCGAUUUCGAUCUCGAUCAAUCAAUUGAACUUGACAGGCCACAUCAUGGUCCGCAGCUUAUCGAUGAUAUAGACGAUAAGCUUAUUGACCACGAGGGCAGACUCACACAACUAAACAAAUCUUUCGAGAAGCUCUCUGUCGAUUGCUACAAACUAGAGGAAGCUAGACAAGCCCUCAAAGAGACAGCCAGCUUUUUCAACAACGUAAAUGGCUACCGUGAUGAGAUUAGAUCCUCAUUCGACGACGUUAGUAUGCACGACGAUAGCAGACCAUUACUUGAUAACGACAAUCAAUCUGAAACUAGUCACUUUGCCAACUUCGAAUUGGAUUUCGUCGUUGGUACGAUCGACAGAUCAAAGUUAGCCACUUUCGAACGCAUUUUAUGGAGAGUUUUAAGGGGUAACCUCUACAUGAACCACACUGACAUGCAGGAAAUCACUUUACCUUAUGGUGCAAGUUCGGAAGAAAAUCCUAAAAAAUCGGUAUUCAUCAUUUUCGCAGAUGGCCAGGAAUUACUCAACAAGAUAAGAAAGGUUGGUGAAGGUAUGGGUGCCGCAACCUUCCCAGUUUCCUCAAAUUCAGAACGCCGCACUGAAGCUUUGAGUGGUCUAAAUCAACAAAUAGAGGAUAUACAUACAGUUUUAUACCACACUGCUCAAUCACGUCGUUCAGAGUUAGCAGCUAUUGCGACUGAUGUGGCAACCUGGUCAUCAAUUGUCAGAAAAGAGAAGACUGUAUACGCAACUCUCAACUUGUUCCACUACGAUGACAGACAUCGUACAUUGCUAGCUGAAGGCUGGGUACCAUCACAUGAAAUUAUAGCCGUUCAGCAAGCUUUAAGGAGAGCAUCAUCUAAUGUUGGUUCGAACGUUCCACCGAUCGUUGAUGAAAUCAAGGCCAAACGUAUGCCACCAACAUAUCACCGUACAAACAAGUUCACACAAGGAUUCCAAAAUAUUGUUGACGCCUACGGUAUCGCUACAUAUCAAGAAGUAAAUCCAGGUUUAUACACAAUCAUUACCUUUCCAUUCUUGUUCGCUGUUAUGUUUGGUGACAUCGGACAUGGUAUUUUAGUUUUCCUUACAGCUUUAGGCAUGGUCUACUUUGAAAAGAAACUCAUGAAAAAGAAAUUAGACGAAAUGACAGAAACUAUUUUCGGUGGUCGUUACAUUAUUUUACUAAUGGGUGCAUUUUCAAUCUAUACUGGACUACUCUAUAAUGAUAUGUUCAGUCGCAGUCUUCAUAUAUUCACAUCUUCAUUCGAAUUCCCAGCACCAUCACCGGAUCAAGGUUCAGUCAUCGCAGAAAAAGUUAGGGAUCCAUACAUCUUUGGUUUGGAUCCAGCAUGGCAUGGUAGUGAGAAUAGUUUAGUCUUUACGAAUUCAAUGAAAAUGAAAAUGUCAAUCGUGAUUGGUGUCAUUCAUAUGUCAUUCGCGAUCUGUUUAAACAUUCCAAACUAUCUACGUGAAAAGAAGCCGCAAUAUAUAUUAGCUGAAUGGUUACCGCAAAUUCUAUUCUUGAAUUCAAUUUUCGGUUAUCUCGUUCUCUGUAUUAUAAUCAAGUGGUGCACUGAUUGGAACAAUUCAAGCAAUGGUCCACCAGGAUUAUUGAAUAUGUUAAUCUAUAUGUUCCUCAGUCCAGGAAAACUCGAUCCAAAAGAUCAAUUGUUUAAGGGUCAAGGUUUCAUCCAAUUAGUACUUCUUCUAGUUGCUUUUGUUUGUGUUCCUUGGAUGCUCGUAGCGAAACCAUACUUGGAGUGGAAGGAACAUCAAAGAACGAAGGGCGCAGGUUAUGGAACUGUCGUUAACGACGAUCAUAGGCUUUCGCUUGAUGAAGAUGCUGGUCACGAUCUUCGUUCGUCCGCUGCAAGUGAAUCUGGUGAUGUUGACGGACAUGAUGAGCAUGAAUUUGAACUUGGAGAUGUCGCAAUUCAUCAAAUUAUUCAUACGAUUGAAUUCGUAUUGGGUUGUAUCUCAAAUACAGCUUCUUAUCUUCGUCUUUGGGCUCUGUCAUUAGCACAUGCUCAAUUGAGUGAAGUUUUAUGGAACAUGAUCCUCGAACCUGCAUUAGAUAGCAGCGGAUUGACGGGUAUAAUAGCAUUAGCAUUGUCUGGUACAUUCUGGUUCAUCUUGACAGUGGCUAUCUUAUGUAUGAUGGAAGGAAUGUCAGCUUUCCUUCACGCCUUACGUCUCCAUUGGGUCGAAGCUAAUGGAAAGCAUUACAAAGCAGAAGGAUACGCAUUUGAGCCAUUGAAAUUCGAACCAAUCGAUCUAGAGAACUUUUAACAUUCAUUAAUUUAAAUCUUUAUUAUUCAAUCUUUUAAUUUCUUUUUGUUAUAAAAUUAUACCAAAAUCAAUAACUCUAUUACAUAAU